UCCAACGGGGCCUGGAGGGUUCUGGGCUGAGGGGCUGUGGGGGUACUGGGAAGGACAACCAGCCUGCUGAGGCAGAGUACCUGAGCUCCAGGUGUGUUCUGUUCACCUAUUUCCAUGGUGACAUUGGGGAUGUGGUGGAUGAACAUUUCUCUAGGGCUCUGAACCAAACCAGUGCCUUCACUGGAGAGAUGAAGACGUCUAGGACCACCCCCAUGCACACCUCUGCCUCGGUUGGACUGUGGAAAGACAGUGUAUCUCUCUCGGAGGCCCAGUGUGGUUCCCUGUCCUCCUCUCUGUGGGGUGGAGGUUACCCGUCCCAGACCAGCCCCUGUCUCUCUGUCCACCCAGACUUCUCCCCCAGCCCAGCAGCCUUCCAUGCCCCAGACAGUGCGCUGUGGACGGGCCACGUUCUGCCCCAGCCCAGCCUCCCUCAUACAGCGUCUCUCCCAGACCCCUGGGCCUACAGCCGCAACCCUCAGACCUCCGCCAGCUACACACACACCCACAAUGUCUACACGCACCCUCACACACACAUGCACCCCCACCACACCCACCCGGUCAUACAUCCCCACCCGUCCCAUGACCCAGGCCUAGACCCCAGGUUCAGCCCUCUGCUCCUGCCUGGUGUGAAGACUCAGAGCCCCCUAGCCCACAGCCCUGCUGGACAUAGCACACACAGUAACACACACAGCAGCCAGAGCCCAGGGAUACACAGUGGUGUGAAGAUAGAGGUUGAGCAGGCCAGCCCCAACCCCCCCACCCUGACCCCCUCAGCCUGGCCCGCAGCUCUACACACACCCUUGGAUACCUACGACUCAGGUCUGGAUCAGGACAAAGUCAAUACUGUUUGGUUCUGAGAGAGAGGAUAUGACAUCACUGUGACAUCACCCUGGCACUGAGCUGUGACCAGCUCUAACAGAACCCCCUGGAACCACAACACAUUUUCUGUGUACUCACUCUCAAGUAGAAGACUCUCCACUCACUAGAAAAAGUCCAGGGUGGGUUUACAGAUGUAGGAUCUUAAUUUGAUCAUUAUUUUAUUGAUGAGAAUUUUACUGCAAAGCAGGAAAUGCAAACUUAUAGAGUAUUUCAGUUUUAAAAAGGCUUCUAAAGUUUGUAAUUUCCACUUUGAAGUUUUAGACUUAAUUUUCCCUAAUACAUGAAAUGUAUAAACCCCUACAAAAAUGUCAAUUUAUUAUAAGCCACAUAAUAAUUCACAUUCCCUGUUGCUGCAGGAUUAUUUUACUGCUGUAGCAAACUUUCUCAAAUUAAGAUCCUACAUCUGUAGGUCUCUUAGAAAGCACUCUGGAGAAGCCUAGACCACUCUCCAUGUCUCACACCACUCACCAGGGAUACUUCUGAUCACUUCUUGGCCAAAUAUUUUUCAAAUUUGUACCAAAAGUAUUAGCUGGCUGUUUCGGACCUAAUAUACCACAUGAUCGUUCUGUUUAAAGAACUUAGUUUGUGGGAACACUGCUCAGCCAAGCCUCUUUCUGAUAUUUUUUUUACUUCGUGCUUUGUGUGUAACUAUGUGUGUAAUUGACUGUAAUAUAUUUUGUAUAUAGUACUUUGAUUUGAUGUGAUUGUCAUUUCCUUAAAGUCUUUGAUUGUUGCUAAUUGUUUUUCACCAACCCUGUGUUGUCAUGUUGCCUAGUGUUCUAUAUGUGCGGAGAAAUCAUGUAAUUACUGAUGUGUAAUAAAUUGCUAAGUUCUAUUGGCAAACAUUUCCUCA